UACAACCUAAAAUUAAAAAAAAAUAUAAAUUAAACAAAAUAAAUACAACUCUGAACGCACAUUUUUAUUGUAGAGGUUUUUUGUUUUGUUUUGAUUAAACAAUACGCCGCUGAGUUACUUCAAGAAAAAAAGAGAUCACUAUAUAUUGACAGCAUAAGAAUAAGAAACCAAAGGAAACUUGUCAAAAAUCAAGAAGAAGCAGUCUUCAAUUCGCCGCAAAUUAAGAAAAAAUUGUAUGAUUAGACAAAGACAAAUAGAGUGUGAUUAAGACCAUUUGAAAAAAUAAAACAUGGCUGGAAGAGGUGGUUUUGAACAUCCUAGAAAUUUUGGAGAUCGUGGUGGCAAACAGCUGCCCACCGAAGCUCCUUACAUUGCAUAUGUCGGCAAUUUACCCCAAGGUCUUGUGCAAGGUGAUGUGGUGAAAAUUUUCCAAGAUUUCGAAGUGAAAAAUGUACGCUUGGUUAAGGAUCGCGAAACAGAUCAAUUCAAAGGCUUUUGCUAUGUGGAAUUCGAGACACUAGAAAACUUGGAAAAGGCAUUGGAAUUUGAUGGACGUAUAAAAUUGGAUGACAUUUCUGCGCCGUUAAGAAUUGACAUUGCUGAGCGCAAGAAAAAUGAUCGCCAAGGAGGUGGUGGUGGAUUCAACAAACGUGGUCCACCCAGACAAGGUGGUGGUCACCAGCAAAACUUUGGUCGCGGUGGUGGAGGUAAUCGGGGUGGAGAUCGUGGUGGCGAUCGCGGUGGUGAUCGUGGUGGUGAUCGCGGCCAUGAUCGUGGUGGUGAUCGGGAUAAUAGAGGUUCGUACAAUGAUAAUCAUGGUGGUCACAAUGAUAGAAAUCGUGGAGGCGGCGGUGGUAUGAAUAGAGGAUAUAAUGAUCGUCCCGCGAACCGUGGUCGUUAUGGCAAUUUCAAUAACGAUGAUCGCUAUAAUGAUCGCAAUCAUCAUGAUCGUAAUCAUCGCGAGGGAAGCUUUGGAGGUCAAAGUCGGGAUGGCGGCGGCAACAAUGAACGCUAUAAUAGUUUCAGCAGGAAUCGUGGUGGUGAACGUGAGCUACGUAGUGGUGCUGGCGGUGGUAGCGGACAUUUUACUCAAAAUGAUCGACCAACAUCGGUGUCAACCUUAGGUAGUAUAGAUGACAGUGAAAGACCCCGACUUCAACUGAAACCCCGUACCGUAGACGCUCCCAUUAAUGGGCUGGCGGAGACGAAGCAGGCAGCUGCAAUUUUCGGCGCUGCUAAACCACGCGAAGAAAAGUUUAAAGAUGAACCAGAAGAAACCAAUCCUGGUUCGCCAAAAGAAGACAAUUGAAUGCAUUAAAUGAAAAAAAUAAAUAACAAAAAAUACAAUAUAUAAAAAAGUUUUUUUGAAGAGAAAUUACCAAGAGGAUUAUAUGCAAAGAGAUAGACACGACGACUACUAACCAACCAACCAACAACCACUUUAUGCUAAAUAAAUAAAAGAUAUAAUAAAUACCAAAAAAGCCGAUUUACGAACGCAAAAGAGAGAAAUACUUAUAUAAAAUAUAAAAAAAAUCAAUUGAGACACGACAGAAAACGUGUAUAAGCAGAUUUUUGCUAUUUUUUUUAAAUAUAUUAAUGAAAUAUAUGACGACUCCAUUGAAAAACAAAAUAUAUAUUUUAAAAACAAAAGAUAAAUUCAAAAUAUUUAUUAAGAUAACAAGAAAUGCAAACUUUUAUUGAAUGUGAAAACAAAUUAACAACCGAACAAUACAAAAAAAGAGUUUUAAAUAGAAAUUGAUUAAUAAAAUAAAACGUAAAGAAAAUCAAAUCAAAUCAAUACGAAAAAGGACUUUUUCAUCACUUAAAAGAGAGAAAAGUGUGUAAGUGUUAAAUAAAAGAGAGCGGCAAAAUAAGGAUUUUUUAAAAAACAAAACCCCCCAAAAACUAUAUUAAUUUUAUAUUAUUUAAAAAUUAAAAGAUAUUAUUAAAUAUAUUUUGAAAUUAUUUCUCCAUUUAAUAACACCAGCAGCAAAAACAACAACUACAUUAUUAGCAUAAAGAUAAAAAAGGCAAAAAACAUAUUAAGAGUUUAAAUAAUUAUUUGCACAUCUCUAAAACAACAAAAUAAACCAGCUCCUUCUCCUCCUAAAGAAAUAAAUAACAAAUUAAAUAUUAUAAACAACAACAACAAAAACUACUUUUUAAUUAAAUAUAACUUUAAUACAUAUACUUAUAUACUUGCAUUAUAUACAUACAUUAUAUACAUACGAUAAAAGCAAAAAAUAUUAAAAAAAACCUAAAAAACUAAUUUAAAUAUACAUACAACAACAAACAAAAAAAAAUCUAACAAAACCACAAUAACAAAAAGGUAAAUAUUGUAAUUUAAUGAAAACAAAAAAAUUUAUGCAGGCUAAAGUUAUAGAUUUUUAAUAUUAAAAAACAAAAUAAUUAAUAAUUAAAUUUAAACAAACAAACAAAUAUAUUAUAACAAACAUAUUUUGUAAAAUUCACCAAUAGAUUUUUUUUUUGAAAAAAAAAGAAAAAAAAAACAAAAAUUUUGACUAAAUACCAAAACACCCCCUCCAUCUAACUUUAAAAUUAAACAACAUAAUAAUAUUAAUAACAAACAAAUUGGGCAAUAUUACUAAAAUUUAUCCUUUUUAAUAAAAAAGAAAACACUUUUAAAAAGUUUUAAAGCUGUUUUUAUACUUUUUUUAUUCAUAUAUAUAUAUUCAAAUUUAAAAAUAUAUAUCAUUGGUUCAAUUACCUCCCCCCCACUCCAAAAAAGUCCUUUUACUACUCUCUUUUUUUACCCUUAAAAUCUCUUUACAUUUAUAAUUCCUCUUAAUUAUUAUUUUAUUUCGAUUUUUCUUCGUUUGUACUAACUUUUUAUUACAAAAAAAACACAAUUUUUUUUAGUAGUUUUAAAAUAGAUCAACUCUCCUCCUGUUUGAAAAACACUUAACAACAUAUUCUAUAUAUUUUAUUUUUUAUUAUUUUAAACAAACAUUUAUUGUUUUCAAAGCAAAAAUAUUAAAUUUUACUAAAAAGAUAAAUAAAUUUUGUUUAUUUCUUCUAAACUUUAUUAAACUUUAUUUUACUUUUUAUUUUGUUAAUUUUUCUUUAGAAAAGCUAAAUCAAAACAAUUGUCAUUUCAAUUCUCUCUCGUGUUUUAUUUUAAAAUCCUCCCUCGCUCCCUUUUAUUUUUAGUUUCUUUAUAAUCAACACAGCAUACAUUUAACUGUCGAGAGAAAAAAUAUAAAUUAAUAAAGAAAAACAAAAAUCAAGUAAGAAUUAAAAAAAAAAAAUAUUAAAUUUACUUAUAUAUUGCAUAUAAAUUACUUUUUUGUAUAAGAAAUAAAUAAAACAAAAAAUAUUAAGUAUAUUUAACUAUACUUUAAAGUAAUAUUAUAAUAAUAUAAUAAAACUGAAUAAAAAUGCAUACAUUUAAUAAUUUUAUGUUUAAUAAAUUAAUAAAUAAAAUAAUAAAACAUAAAAAAAAUCGGAAAAA